CUACCAAUCACAAAAAACACACAGUUGUUGGAGUGACUGUUGUGUGAUACCAUUUGGGGGCAGAUGGCGGGAACCCUUCAAACCCUACAAAUCCUUACUUCUCCGGUGACCGGAAUCUCCACAUCCCAAUCCAGAAACCACAAAUUGAAGCUGCCGCAACUUAUCUUCUCCGGCAAUAUCUCCGUUACUGCUAACACCAGCAACACAUUGAUUCCUCGAAAACUCCGUUCACUUACCGGAACAAUUGUAAUCAGAAACUGCACAAAUUCCGAUCAGUUUCAGGGAAAUGAUGGUCCGAAUGAAGCUGGUAAACGGAUUGGACCGUCGAAUUUAUCGGUUUCUGCUGGACCUUUGCUGAAUUUUAUUGGCAGUAAUUUUCUUCCAUUAGCUCUUAUUGGAGGAGUAGCAUUAGGUCUUGCAAAUCCUACUCUUGGUUGUCUUGCUCAUAAAUAUCAUGUAUCGAAAGUUAGCACUUUUGGGAUAUUUUUCAUAUCAGGCCUGACUCUGCGUAGUGACGAAAUAGGCGCAGCUGUUGAAGCAUGGCCAGUUGGACUUUUUGGGCUAGCUUCUAUUUUGUUGCUUACUCCUUUCUUUUCCAGAAUUAUCCUGCAACUUCACCUUAAACCUCAAGAAUUUGUCACAGGACUUGCUCUAUUUUGCUGUAUGCCUACAACAUUAUCAAGCGGGGUUGCUCUAACCCGACUUGCUGGAGGAAAUUCAGCCUUGGCUCUUGCAAUGACCGUAAUAUCUAAUCUGUUGGGAAUUCUUUUUGUUCCCUUUACUAUAUCCAAACUAAUAGCUGGUGGAGUGGGUACAUCUGUUCCUGCUGAUCAGUUAUUUAAAAGCCUCGUCGUCACACUUUUGAUACCUCUGAUUUUCGGGAAGGUUUUGCGGGAAUCCUUUAAAGGCGUCGCGAUUUUUUCUGAUAAUAAUCGUAAGCUGUUAUCAAAGUUGAAUGCACUUCUACUAAGUUUGGUCCCGUGGAUACAAGUGAGCAAAUCAAGGUCAUUGCUUCUAGCGGUUAAGCCUGCAGUUUUUCUUGUAGCUGUCGUACUGGGAGCGCUUCUUCACCUCAUGCUGUUGGGUUUUAACGCCCUCUCAAUACAAACCUUAUGUGCUGUAUCGGGUGGCAACAAAUCGGUUUUUGCAAAGAAGGAAAAUGCGAGUGCCCUCUUACUUGUUGCAAGUCAGAAAACCUUGCCGGUGCUGGUUGCUGUCGUGGAUCAACUUGGUGGUACAUUUGGUGAAUCCGGUUUGCUUGUCCUUCCGUGUGUUGCAGCACAUUUAAACCAGAUUAUCAUGGACUCUUUCUUUGUAAGCUUUUGGAACAAGAAGGAACAGCCAGACAACAAAGCGAAGGUGGCCUAGGUUGCAGUCGCUAUCUUUGAUAAUUGUAGCGGUUAAGAUAAUUAAUUGGUGACAAUUUCAGUGACGGCAACAACUGAGAACAUGUCAUGGGGGUAUAAUUAUUUUCGUUUAUUCUUUAACAUGCACUCGCUGUCGCUAAAAUUGUCAAAGUUGGUAAUGUAUACGAGAUAUGAGAUUUAUUUUUGAAAA